GAUGGCAUAGUGGGGAUAAAGAGGGAGGAGAAAAAUGCCAGCAGAACGGACAGGUGACAUUAGAGAGGCAGGAAGAUUUGAAUAUCUAUGUAUCACUUCCUGAUCGCUGUGAGGAAAGAGAAGAGAAAACUUACAGGGGAGGACGCACGCCGCAUAUUCAUAUUGUGUGGAGGGAUGUCCUAAUUGGGACACCAUAGCAAUGGUUGUGUUUCCGGUUUCAGGAAUGGCAGAUGAUGUGCUUCGUGUUCGUAGCUAAUGUUAUGAGCGGAGAAGGCUGGGAAGCUGGUUACUGAGACCUAACUGAGGCGCAGGCUUGUGCCUGUGGGGAGGUGCUCGGGGGGUUUGGUAGUCAUGGAGUCUGCUGCAAACCCUGUAACAUGGGUCAGCAAAGUGAAACAACCCCCUAAAAAUGUGAUGCUUUCAUCUACCUCAGUAUCUGUUCCAGGUGGUUUAACCCCUACUAACAAGGACAUGACACAUUGGGCUCAACGAAUGCCACAUAUGGCAGUAAAUAUACCUGCCAAGGCAGAGCCUGAACAUCUGGUAGAGAAAAAAAAGAAAAAGAGAAAGAAGAAAAAAACAAGCCCAAAUUCUGAUGUGGGUACUGAAAAUUCUCAGCACAAGAACAUUGUUGUUCAGGAACCACCCAAAUUUCAGGAUGAUGAAGAAUUUCCUGAUCUGUCGGCCGCUGUAAGUGGCUCUGGGAAAGGUUUCCGAAAGAGCGACAGCUAUGUUCAGGGCCCUAGAGCUGAAAAGGCUGUCAAUGCCAAGAGCACUGGAAAGAAGAGUAAAGCACUUGUUCAGCUGGAUUUGGGUGGCAUGCUGGCAGUAUUGGAGGGGAAGCAGCAUACAGACAAAACAAAGCAGAAUACCAAGCCACUGGUAUUGUCUGUUGGCAGUGGUGCCCCUGUGCUAGCCAGAGAACCUGUUCCUGUAUUAAAACAACCAAAACAAGGCCCAGCACCACACAACCCACUGGAUUCUAGUGCCCCUCUUGUAAAAAAAGGAAAGCAGAGAGAGGUCCCCAAGGCCAAGAAACCAACCUCACUUAAAAAGAUUAUUUUGAAAGAAAGAGAAGAACGAAAACAGCGUCUUACUUCAGCGACACAAGAAUUAACUCCGCAGGGCAGUCAUAUACUGUCAGAUGGCGCAGGUCCUCCAGUACAGAGCAUAAGUCCUUCUGAAGGGGAUUGCCUUGGUCCCCUGGAAACAGCCUUAGCAGAAAUACAAGAAGACUCUGUUGAAGACCUCAUAUUGGGAAACUCUGAAAUAUCAGCCAUUCAGCCUGUCACUGAAAGCACUGUUAGUCUGCCUCAACAAUCUACCUCUAAUCUCCCGAAAAUUCACAGCAGGCGAUUUCGAGAGUAUUGCAGCCAGGUGCUGAGUAAAGAUGUUGAUAACUGUGUGAUGGAACUUCUUAAGGAACUAGUUCGUUUUCAAGAUCGACUGUUCCUGAAGGAACCAGCAAAAGCCAAGUCCAAGAGGCGCCUGGUGAUGGGACUAAGAGAGGUUCUAAAACACCUAAAACUACAGAAACUGAAAUGUAUUAUUAUUUCCCCAAACUGUGAAAAGAUCCAGUCAAAAGGUGGCUUGGAUGAUACCCUCCAAACAAUUAUCAGCCAUGCUUGUGAGCAGAAUGUUCCGUUUGUGUUUGCACUGAAUCGCAAAGCUCUAGGCCGCUGUCUAAAUAAAGCUGUUCCGGUUAGCGUAGUUGGAGUUUUCAGCUAUGACGGAGCCCAGGACCAUUUUCACAAACUGUGUGAACUGACAGUGCAAGCUCGGCAGGCUUAUAAGGAUAUGAUUGCAGCAGCACAAGAACAGCAGUCCGAGACUGAGGCUGGCAAGAAUGAAGAAGAGCCAGUGGCAGUAAAUGGCCAAAAUAAAUCUGAUGAUAUGAGGGAAGAGUCCAAAGCAGAGGAACCUGAUGAACCGAACUACAUUAAAGUGUGGAGAAAGAUGCUGGAAGAAGACUAUACUCCAUACGCCUUGAGCCUGGAAGGAAAGGUUACAACAGAUAUGUUAAAUCUGCAGUUAUGAUUGGAAUGCCUUCUAAUGGAUAACUACAGAGCUCAGCAGCUCAGGGAAUGGAAUGCUUUGUGGGGAAAUAUCCUAGGUGGAUCUGUGUCCUGAAUGAUUUGGAGGCUGAAGUUGCGUAGAGAAGGAAGGUUCCCAUGCAAAGGAGCCCUGUUGUAUAUAGCCUUUAUGGAAAUAAUUAACAAUAAAUCUUUAGCAUAGCAAACUAAAACCACAAGAACAAAUGAUCUUUUUGACAGAUGGAAGAAGAAGAAACCUCCAAACUGUUGUGUUCCCUGGACAUAUGUGACUGGGCUGCCCUCAGAACAUGGACCUGCAGUUUAAUUAUAGACAUUUUGUACUUUUCAGUGCCUUUACAUUACAGACAACAUCAUACAAAGAGUUGUUGAUCUUGAGUCACACAGUGAUACAAAAAUGUACAAUCAACGAAUCUAAGUGUCAUCAGGGCUCACUACAGAAAAUAUAUGGGACUUUUAGAAGUGUAUCUAUAAAAGGGUGAAUUCUAAUGUUCACCCAUUGAUAAACGCGCUUCUAAAAAUCCCAUAGGAAUGAAUAGAACGUUGGUGAGUUUUUCUGUGGUGAGCUCUAAUUUACACUUAAAUCUGCCUCUAUAUCUGUACACAUAUACAUAUUAGUUAUUGUGUAGUGUUCCCAUAUCUUCUCUGUAAGGUCUUGGUCAGACAUGGGGCAGAGGAUCCUGUGGCUCGAGCUUUUCUGCUGGACAGACACCCCUUGCAAAGGAACACAACAGCACCCACUAGCAUCUUGGAGAACAAUGUGCCUCAACAUCUAACGCAGUCAUAGCCAGUAUUAGACAUCAAUACAAUUAUAGACAUCUAUAAAAUUAAUUCAGCUAGCCUUAUCUGUUGUUGUUGUUUUAGUUGCAUUCUUAAUUAUUUGAUUAUAUAAAUGGUACAGAAUAACUCUGUGUACAAUAGUGUAAUCUCAGUACGGGCACACUGAACAUUGAUGGAACAGCAGAUGUAAUUUAUUGUAGUGUAGGCGACAUCUUAGCUUGUUACAAUAAAUGAUCACUGCUGCUGUUGCAUCAUUAUCUGUCCAGUGUUUCCCUUAUCCUGAUAUUUACUGUUUAUCUGCUCUUUCAGCCGGUGUCCUGUAUGAUGCACCUUGCUUCCCUAUCUUUAUUAGUAGGCGAUAGAAUUGCGUAGCCUGACUGCACUGGGCUCAUGUUAUUUGUAACAAAGUUCUACCCAUUAAAGGAGAAGGAAAGUUUCAAUCAAUGAAGGGGUGCCGAAUGUUACCUGAUACCCCAGGCUGGGGGUCCUGUUGGCAAAAACUGUACCUGCUGGGGUACGUACGAUCGAGCGAUCCUCUUCCUUCUUCUCACCACUUGUGCAUGCGUGAAAUGCUAAACAUUAGCAAAAAGCUGACUUUUUCACUCUGCGCAUGUAGCGCCCCCCUGAUUUUGAAGAAAGAAGGGAAGAACAGCAUUGCUUAAUCGCAGGUACCCCAGGCUGGUGCAGUUUUCUGCUAACAGGAGCACCAACACGGGGUAUCCGGUAAGUGAUUACAAUCACUGGUUAGGCACUCACCCCUCCCCUUUGAUUUCCUCUAACAAUUAAACACUACUAGGCAGGAGAACUGAAUAGAAAUGUCAUGUUGCCUUAUAUAAAGGACUUAAUAAGGGGCCAGUUUCAGCUACAUGUUGUUAAGGGUAUACUUGGCAUAAUGUCCAUAGCUAGGGUGCACUUAAAUUAAUCAUGCUCAUACACUAGAUACACAGAAAUAUCAUUCCUACAAAUACAAAAUAUAUUAUUUUACUGAUAUUCUACAGACACAUAUCUUGUAACAUUUUCUUUGCAGAUUAUAAUGUAGAAACAUGGCUGAAUGUUUUCACUAUGAAUGAGUUAAAGGGUUGGUUCACUUUAAGUUAACUUUUAGUAUGUUAUAGAAUGUGCUAUUCCUAAAAAUUGUUUUAUUAUUUAUUUAUCACUGACCCCAGCAGCCAAAACAGUGCGCUGCGAGGCUACAAUUUUAUUGUUAUUGUCACUUUAUAUUCCUUAUCUUUUUAUGCAGUCCCUCUCAUAUUCAUAUUCCAGUCUCUCAUUCAAACCACUGCCAGGUUGCUAGAGUAAAUAAAACCUUAGCAACCAGAUAUAGCUGCUGAAAUUCCAAUUUGGAGAGAUGCUAAACAAAAAGCUAAAACAUGAAGACCAAUUGCAAAUUGUCUAAGAAUAUGAAUGUCUACACCAUACUAAAACUUAACGGUGAACUAUACAUUUAAAUAACAGCAGCUCGAGGAAAACUCAGGCCCUUGUUGAGAAGGACUUCAUGUAUCUGUGGUAAUGUUUUUUUAGUAUUGUUUUUAGCUGGUUAACCUCAGUAAUGUUUUUCCAGUCCUGCAUUUACACACCUUAUACAGUGUAUAGAAUAAGCUGCUUUAUAUUAUAAUGCACAUCCAUUUGUAUGUAUAUAAGCAAAGUGCUCAAUGUACAGGAAUAAUGUGAAGAAUAAUCAUUUUAAGUCUUUCCUUCUGAGAGUAUUUUAUUUGUCUUUUAUUAUUUCCAUUGUUGUGUGUGUGGAUCUGUAUUCC